CCUCUUGCUGUUUGUACCAUGUGUCCCUUCCUCUCUAUUCUUUCAAUCUCUAUCUGCUUAGACUUGACAUCUGUUUUCUGUUUAUCUCUCCAUGGCCCAAACUUCACCAUCUCCCUCGGCUGAUACUCCCACAUCAAGCAUCCCCUGUCAAGAGACGCAAGAACCCACUGUAGACUUGAACCUCAUGAUCAUCGUGGCAGCCAUGUUGUGUGCCUUGGUUUGUGCCUUGGGUCUUCACCCCAUGCUACAAUGCGUGUUACAAUGCACUCAUCGUGUCGUGACCGAGCCGAGGGAAUGGGUGGCCGCCCGUAGACUGAACUCGGGUCUUAAGAAGAAAGAAAUGGUAGCUUUACCAACUACAACUUAUGCCAAUUCAGGCUCAUCAUCAUCAUCAUCAUCAUCAGGUUGUGCAAUUUGCCUCGUGGAUUUCUCGGAAGGUGACAAAAUACGGAUGCUUCCCAAAUGUAACCAUCGCUUCCAUGUUGCUUGCAUCGAUAAAUGGCUGCUCUCUCGCUCUUCCUGUCCUACUUGCCGGCAGAGGCGCAACUCCAAUGGCGACCAAUUUGUUACAGAUUUUUAAAGUUAUAGCACAAUAGAGUUACUGUUUUUAGUAGCUUAUUCUCAUCAUGCAUGGCUGAUGUAUCUAUAACUAGUUUUGUCUCUAGACAACUUUUUAGCAAUCAGUGUAGCUUUAUUAGCUAAAUUCUAUAUCUUUAAA